AAUAGAGCAAACCAUUCCGGGCAGUAUACACCUGCCAUGUACUCUGGAGGAUUUGUCCCUCCUCAUUCGCCCACAGAGCAGGUCAUCCCUGACUACGAGGGAGUCUGCAGUACCCACCAAGUAUCGGCUCCUCCUUCGGCAUUUAUAGUGAACCCGACCACGUCUGAUCGGUUCCGAUGCGUGGGAGUACAGCAUCCCGAGCGACUAUCCGACUCUGAAUUGUCCGAUUCCCCUGGCCUCGUGGACGAUACAGCAGAUUUGGAUGAGUCGUUUGAACAUGCACCAGAACCCACACCCGCAUUUCGUCCCCUGCGACUGAAGACAUCAAGCACUGCUUUCCGUGCUCCGGAACCGACCGAACGGUGA